AUGCAAUUGCCGUUAGAGAAUCCAUUAAAUCUAGUUAGAGAGGUCAUUGACUCUAUGAUCAUAACACGACCGGCUUUCCCCCGCGAGCCCAUCGACCAAAUCAUCACCACCCUCAUCACCCUCCAUUCCCACGACCCAGCCUACCAAUGGACAAACCUACGCCACAUAACCCGCCACCACAAAGCGCACCUCGAGCAACAUUUCCUCGCCCACUGGGUCCCCAAGCUAUCAUUCGAAAUCCCACAUGACUAUGGCUCAUGCCCCCUCGUGAAUUUCACAGCCCCCACACCGCCUCGCACCCUCCAGAAAGAUGCCUCAAGGAACAACGGUGCAGAUAUCGUGGUAUUUACUGAACGUACCGGUCUUCGUCUCACCGACAUGCCCAACCACUGGUACGAACACGCCACAGGAAACAUCGAAAGACAUCCCUGGGAGCAAUUCGAUUCCAACAUCAUCGUGCACUUCGGCAACGGCACGUUGAACAAAGGCUACUCAAAAGGCGGUAUAAGGAGCUCUGUUGUCAUCCCCAAUCUAUCCAUCAACACCGAUGCCUCGCCGUGGGAAUUUUCUUUCGCUUGGAGAGAACUCUUCACCAGGCUCUUUACUGAGGAAAUGGUGAUGCGGACAUUCCGGGACAAGCUUCUUGGAUAG